GCUGAGCGUCGCACAUAUUGACGGCCGCGAUGCUUCACUCGACUCUUCGUUUCCCCUUACACCACUGUCGACCCCCUGAAGCAGACGGGAUCCUUAGGGCUUGACUUUCUGACUAUGUCCAAAGCUGAUUCGACCUAUUCUGCGGCCAAAGUGUCUGGUCGUGCCGAGGGAGACUUCGCAAAGCGCACCGCUGCUCGGCUUGAGCAGAUUCAGACGCAGCUCAAGGCGAAGCCGAGGGGAUACAGGUUGAAGGGCAAAGUAGGCAUCAUCACGGGAGUUGGAUCUAUGGUUGGCAUUGGGAGGGCUGCCGCGCUCCAGUUCGCGCAUGAAGGCGCAGCGCAUCUUUACCUGAUCGACUUCGACCCGACCAACCUGCCGAAUCUCAAGUCCACGAUUGAGGGGAAGUAUCCUGACGUCAAGGUCACCACUCUGGCUGCCGACGCGGCAGAUGACGCCGCCAUAUCUGGAGUGUGCAAGCAAGCCCUCCAGGAGGAAGGACGGCUGGACGUGUUCUUUGCGAAUGCUGGUAUCGCGACUCAGCAACCCCUGCAUGACACCUCAGCAGAGACAUUCAUGAACACGAUGAGAAUCAAUGGAUUGUCGUGCUUCCUUGCCCUGAAGUACGGCUCUGAGGCUAUGUUGAAGACGAACCCCUCACGCGGAAAGGAACUUGGCGGUGGCAGUAUCAUCAUGACAGCAUCUGUUGCUGGUAUACGUUCGGGGGCGGGGACGGUUGAUUAUAGCGCAAGCAAAUCUGCAGUGAACAACAUGGCCCAGACAGCUGCGAACCAGCUAUCGAAGACGGACAUUCGCGUUAACUCAAUUUGCCCCGGUCUUAUUGAGACAGGAAUGACUACUGGAGUGUUCCAGUACGCGCGUUCAAAGGGCGCAGGAGGAAAGAUCGGACAGCUUAACCCCUUGGGUCGGUACGGUAUCGCAGACGAGAUCGCAAACGUCGCCACCUUCCUUGCAUCCGAUGACGCGAGCUAUGUGAACGGCCAGAACAUCGCCGUCGACGGAGGACUGACAAGCUCUGUCCCUGUUGUUCCGGGGAGAUGGGCGUAGUAUGUUGUAGUGAUAACGGACGGGGUUACCUUCGCUUACUUCGCGGAUUCAAGACAUCGGCGAGCAGGCACACGGUGUAUGUUGUUGCCGCCUCGUGGUCAAGUCUAUUGUUCGGUAGUGCUGCGAUUGUGUAUUCUUGUGUACCCUCGGGCAACAUGUUGGCGUCAUGGGAAGUUGUGACAUGUGACAGUUGAGCCGUGCUCUGUACGACGCGUACGAUGAGAACCGAGGCGUGGAUGUCGUGGACCCUAUAUUGAGA